AUGGGCGGGCACCGCGUGUACGAGGGCGAGCGCGUGGUCCACCUCAACAACUCGACGCUCAACGCGCCGCAGAAGUGGCCCGGCAACUCGGUGUCGACGAGCAAGUACAACAUCGUCACCUUCAUCCCCAAAUUCCUCGUCGAGCAAUUCUCGAAGUACGCCAACGUCUUCUUCCUCUUCACGGCGUGCAUCCAGCAGAUCCCCAACGUCUCGCCGACCAACCGGUACACGACCAUCCUGCCGCUCGGCAUCGUCCUCAUCGUCGCAGCGCUCAAGGAGAUCAAGGAGGACGUCAAACGGCACCGGUCGGACGCCGACCUGAACGCGCGUCGCACCAAGGUCCUCGAGGGCGCCACCUUUGUCGACAAGCCGUGGCGCAGCGUGCGCGUCGGCGACAUUGUCCGCCUCGAGUCGGACGACUCGUUCCCGGCCGACCUCGUCCUGCUCAGCUCGAGUGAGCCCGAGGGCCUGUGCUACAUCGAGACGAGCAACCUCGACGGCGAGACCAACCUCAAGAUCAAGCAGGCGCACACGUCGACCGCGACGCUCGACUCGCCGCUCGCCCUAUCGCAGCUCGCCGGGCAACUGCGGUCCGAGCAGCCCAACAACUCGCUCUACACGUUUGAGGCGACGCUGUCGAUGGGUCAAGCCGGGCACGCCGCCACCUCGAGCGAGACGCCGCUCGGGCCCGACCAGAUGCUGCUCCGAGGCGCCCAGUUGCGAAACACCGGGUGGCUGUACGGCCUCGUCGUCUUUACGGGCCACGAGACCAAGCUCAUGCGCAACGCGACAGCCGCCCCGAUCAAGCGCACGGCAAUGGAGCGCAUGGUCAACGUCCAGAUCCUGUUCCUCCUCGGCAUCCUCCUCGUCCUGUCGCUCGCCUGCGCCAUCGGCUCGACGGUCCGCACCCACGCGUUCGGCGACGACAUGUGGUACCUGCUCCUCGCCGACGACGAGGGUUCCUCGGUCGUCAACAAGUUCGUCAAGGACGUCCUCACCUUCAUCCUCACGCUCAACAACCUCAUCCCUAUAUCGCUCAUCGUCACGAUGGAGGUCGUCAAGUUUCAGCAGGCCGCGUUCAUCAACUCGGACCUCGACAUGUACCACGCCGCGACCGACACGGCCGCGCUUUGCCGCACCUCGUCGCUCGUCGAGGAGCUCGGCCAGAUCGAGUACAUCUUCAGCGACAAGACGGGCACCCUCACGUGCAACCAGAUGGAGUUCCGCCAGUGCUCGAUCGCCGGCAUCGCGUACGCCGACGUCGUCGAGGAGUCGAAGCGCGGCGAGGUCUUCUCGUUCCAGCAGCUGCGCGACAACGUCGCGAGCGGGCACGAGACGGGGCACAUCAUCGAGGAGUUCCUCACCCUGCUCGCGACGUGCCACACCGUCAUCCCCGAGAAGAAGGACGACAAGAUCACGUACCAGGCCAGCAGUCCUGACGAGGCCGCUCUCGUCCAGGGCGCCGACGUCCUCGGCCACACGUUCACGACUCGCAAGCCGCAAUCGGUCUUCGUCACGGUCGACGGCCGCCAGCGCGAGUACCAGGUGCUCAACAUCCUCGAGUUCAACUCGACCCGCAAGCGCAUGUCGGCCGUCGUGCGCAUGCCCGACGGCAAGAUCAAGCUCUACUGCAAAGGCGCCGACACGGUCAUCUUUGAGCGCCUCGCGAGCGAGGGUCAGCUCUUCAGCGAGACGACGAGCAACCACCUCGAGGAGUACGCCACCGAGGGCUUGCGCACACUGUGCAUCGCCAUGCGCGACAUCCCCGAGGACGAGUACCGCAAGUGGGCGACGAUCCACGCUCGCGCCGCCGCCACCAUCAACGGCCGCACCGAGGCGCUCGACAAGGCGUCCGAGAUCAUCGAGCGCGACCUGUUCCUCCUCGGCGCGACCGCCAUCGAGGACAAGCUCCAAGAGGGCGUGCCCGACACGAUCUACACGCUCCAGCAGGCCGGCAUCAAGGUGUGGGUCCUCACGGGCGACCGCCAGGAGACGGCCAUCAACAUCGGCAUGUCGUGCCGCUUGAUCUCUGAGUCGAUGAGCCUCGUGAUCGUCAACGAGGAGAACGCGCUCGACUGCAAGGACUUCUUGACGAAGCGUCUCGAGGCGGUCAAGAGCUCGCGCAGCGCCGGCGACUUUGAGGAGCUCGCCCUCGUCAUCGACGGCAAGAGCCUCUCGUUCGCGCUCGAGAAGGACCUGUCCAAGACGUUCCUCGAGCUCGCCGUCAUGUGCAAGGCGGUCGUCUGCUGCCGCGUGUCGCCGCUGCAGAAGGCGCUCGUCGUCAAGCUCGUCAAGAAGAACCUCAAGGCCAUCCUGCUCGCCAUCGGCGACGGCGCCAACGACGUGUCGAUGAUCCAGGCGGCGCACGUCGGCGUCGGCAUCUCGGGCCACGAGGGCCUCCAGGCGGCGCGCUCGGCCGACGUCGCCAUCAGCCAGUUCCGCUUCCUCAAGAAGCUCCUUCUCGUUCACGGCACCUGGUCGUACCAGCGCCUCAGCAAGCUCAUCCUGUACUCCUUCUACAAGAACAUCGCCCUGUACAUGACGGGCUUCUGGUUCGCCUUCCAAAACUCGUUCUCGGGCCAAGUCCUCGAGGAGGGCUGGACCCUCACCUUCUACAACGUCGUCUUCACGGUCCUUCCGCCCAUCGUCCUCGGCGUGUUCGACCAGUUCGUCGGUGCGCGCAUGCUCGACCGGUACCCAGAGCUGUACAAGCUCGGCCAGCAGAACAAGUUUUUCUCGGUCCGCAUCUUCUGGCAGUGGAUCGCCAACGCGCUCCUCCACUCGUUCGUCAUCUAUGUCUGUACGGCGACGGUAUUCAGCCAGGGCCUCAUCCUCGUUCAGGGCUGGGUCGGCGGGCAAUGGGUCUGGGGCACGACACUGUACCUCACGGCGCUCGUCACGGUCCUCGGCAAGGCGGCGCUCAUCUCCGACAUCUGGACCAAGUACACGUUGGCGGCCAUCCCCGGCUCGUUUGCGUUCACGAUGGUCUUCCUCCCCCUCUACGCCUGGGUCGCGCCAAUGCUCGGGUUCUCGCUCGAGUACGACGACAUCGUCGGCCGCCUGUGGACGUCCCUCAUGUUCUGGCUCACCAUGAUCGGCAUCCCGGUCCUCCUCCUCACGCGCGACUUUGCGUGGAAGAGCUACAAGCGCCUCUUUCAGCCCGAGCCGUACCACAUCGUUCAAGAGAUCCAGAAGUACAACCUGCCCGACUAUCGACCGAGGAUGGAGCAGUUCCAGAAGGCUAUCAAGAAGGUGCGUGCGGUGCAGAGGAUGCGCAGGAACCGCGGCUUUGCCUUUUCCCAGACGGAGGAAGGCCAGGAGCACCUCAUUCGCGCCUACGACACGUCUGUCACGCCUGGCGGCAAGCGGCUCGAGACUCGAUGA